GAACCGUUGAACGAGUGUAAAUUCAGUGUAAAUGGACGCUCUCCUUGCACUGUGCUGCAUUCGUGCUGGCACAGAUGGGCAUAGAGUAAAGCGUAAAAAAUAAGUGAGUUUCUGGUAUGUGUGCUUCAAAUGAUACGCUAGGUCGUGUCACAGACACGCUAAUCAACGAAAUCGCGUGCCGCGUUAUUUUGGCUUGCUUGCACCCGCAUCUCUCCUUCAAACAUCAAGCUUCGUUCGCACCAGUAACCAGGUUUGGGAUGCCACACACUCAACAAAUUCACGCUGGCGACCCUGCGUAUGCUUCUCCCGUAAUUCGUCCUCCUUCUCCUGCAAGUUCUGUGGGAACCGCAUACGGCCCCGAUGAGACGUCUCUGUCUGACUCAGGAUUGAAUCAGGAUUCUUUCGAGCGAAAGUGGAUUGCCAACCUUAGACUUGAUGAGCCGAAACAUGACGAAGUUCAGAACUUGAAAGAUCCCUUGAUCAUCUGUCCCACCGAUCCACAGGAACAGAAGCUGUUGUUCGAGGAAAUACUACGUGGCUUUCGACAGCGUGUUCAGCAGCUGGAGGAGGAUGAAAUAUUCCAGCAAGCCGUUAUAAACGGUUCUCAAAUUGGAAAGGAGCAACUGCCCUCAGCUGACAACGUGGGGAACUUGAUACAGAACAUGAUGGGCACCUCAAUAGGAAAUGAAGCAAACCGUAUACAAGAUGGUCCAUGGAAUAGGCGCAAUAUUGCCCAUGUGAAUUCCAAUUCCAGCAGCAUGAGGACCGCCCUCGGGAAAGGGCGACAAGGGCAAUACUGACUCACGCCGUGGCCGUUUCCCUUGUAUCAAUUAAUCUCCUCCCUCAACGUACUGAAAAGCAGAACUUGUACGAUAUCUAGCAGUAC